ACUGCUCGUAGCAGCCGCCUCCUCGCCAUCCACCGAGCAGGAGGAGGACUCGCUCUUCCGAGCUGCAGAAGGCAGAGAAACUGCGAGGCGACGCCGCCGGUCCCGAAAGCAGCAGCGAAAAGAGGAAGCGAGACAAAAGAGGGACAAGAGGAGGAUUUUACUAAAACGCUAAUAAAUGAAGGAAAUUAUUGGUUUGGUGAUGCUGCAAUCAAUACCUUGAGAGAUAAAGAAGAGAGCUACGUGAACACCAACUUGAUUCAUUUUGUAGACAAAGAAGCUUAAAGGACGAAUUUUAUUUAGCUACUGUGGAACCUCAUGCACACUGAUUAUUAGGGCAAGAUACCUUUCAGAUUUGAAGUGUUGUGUCUUGCUCCUAACUUUUAAGAUUUGCACUUUGAACUGUUAAAAAAAAUGAGUGAGUUCUGGUUGUGUUUCAACUGCUGUAUUGCAGAACAGCCUCAGCCUAAAAGGCGGCGGCGGAUCGAUCGGAGUAUGAUUGGUGAGCCAACAAACUUCGUUCAUACUGCUCAUGUUGGUUCAGGAGAUCUCUUUAGUGGAAUGAAUUCGGUGAGCUCAAUUCAAAACCAAAUGCAGUCCAAAGGAGGCUAUGGAGGAGGCAUGAAUGCAAAUGUUCAAAUGCAGCUCGUGGAUACGAAGGCAGGAUAACUGGGGCAUCUUUCCAGUACCUGCAAGUUUCUAUACUUUGUUCCUGUGUCCCUCUCCUUUAUGCCUUGGUGACUGCUUCCUGUGCUCAUGAUAAGAGAAGUUGAUGCCCCAUCAUCCACCCUUCAUGAUUAUUAUGCCAUUCAGACAUUCCUGUUCUGCUGUGAGGCUGACAUUUAUCAGACUUGUUGUGCCUUUAAAGUGGCAAGCUUACAUUUCACUACCAAAACAUCUGUGGACAUUGUACUGGUUGACUUGUUUUUUCAGCUUCUAAAACUUUUACUCAGUAUUUUGAAACAAUAUUUUGAGCAAUCUAAAUUCUGAACAGACAAGUUUGGUGUUGGGUUGACCCUCGUUUUGUACUUCCUCUACAAACCCUUGAUUAUAGCAUUCUCAUCCUUUCAUUGUUGUUAUUUCUUCUUUCUUUGUAAUUAGAAGCAAGCAAGUUUCUGUUAAUAUCUUGUGUCUGUCAUUGUUGAUAUAGAUCUAUUUUUUUUAAAGGUCUGGGACCUGCAAGCACAACAAACAUUUCACACAGUCAGAAAUCAGGAGUAUAUGAGUGUAUGACCGCAUGCUAUGUGAAUUUGCUUGGUAUGGUGGCCUGUUGGAUGCCAAAAACAUUAUUUUUAUUUUUAAUGCUUGUUCUUGGAGAUGGAUGAUGCUAAAGUUGGUGGAAAAAAAUGCAGUGGUACCAGAUUAUGCCAAUCUCUCUAGGAAAAAAUGGACUUGUAACUCUUAGCUGCUUUGGAAAUACGUCUUAGAUUUUUAAUCCAAUUCAUCUUGAAAUAAUAAAGAGAGAGUCUGCAUUCAGAAGACAUUUUGUUGUAAAUGUUCAAUAUAUUUAUUUUGGAAGAGCUGACCUCAAGAUUGUAAACCAGUGUGGUAACGUACAAAGUAAAUAUUGUGGUGGCGCUUUUAUCUAGUUAAGAGGCAUUGUUAUGUUGGCUGCUUUUUCUUUUUUCUUUUUCAGUGCUUAAUUUUAGGCUGUUCCAGCAUUACCAGUAGCAGCAUGAUGAACUGCCUGCAAUAUUAUAGCUGGAAUUUAGUUGAACUCUCUAAAUAGUUGGCAGUUUCCACAUACUAAAUAUUUAGGGGCCCAUGUAAGUUGCUAAGAGCAACAUAGUAACCUAGCAGGAAUGGAUAUCGGUGAAAACAACGUACAGGGUGGCUUUUUGCUAUAUUGGUGAAGAAGCCUUUUGCUCAGGUUCCAAAGCAUGUUUCUUUCACAGAGUGUGAAAACUGUGUUUUAAUAUUGCACUGUUUUUUUAUGUUAUUUUAUAUUUUGUUAGGUGGUCUAUUUUUGUCUUCCCCAUACUCAUGCCUCCUUUGUCAUAUUAAAUUAAAACAGUUGAUUGAGUCUUAACAACAUAAUUUUAAGACACAUUUAGAAUCUUCCUCAUGCAUCAUUUUUUAAUAUCUUAACUGGCAAAUAGAGUAACUGAGCCUAAUUGGAGAAAUUAUUAACGUUACAAGUAUUUGCUGCCUAUUUGGGGAAACAAGACCAUGCAAGAACGUCAAGCAGUUGUUCCCCAAAACAAAAGAUUAUAUAGUAGCAUUGCUUUGUAGUUAAUGCUUAUUGCUACUUUCUCCACUGCCAUUUAUAAUUUGUGAGGGGAGAUUAGAGAAUGAGGGAAUAUCAUACUUACAGCUUUUUUUU